AUGUGCCCUUUGGGCGCUGCAAUCGCCGCCUUUGGGGGAGUUGGGGGGGGGGAUUUCCCAUUGGGGAAAUUUUUUCGGGGGGGGGGGGGAGGAAGUGGGUGCGUAGGGAGUGGGGGUUUGGUUGGGGGAGGGGUGGGUGGUGAUGGUAGUGGAGGAGGUGGAGGAGGAGGAGGUGGUGGUGUUUUCUUCGCGUGA